AUGCGUGAAUGUCUGUUGGAGUUAUUUGGUACUAAGUUGGACGAAGCUUACAUACAUGCCUUCGUUUACGUGCGCCAGCUUGCAAUUACACUUCGGAAAGCAUAUAGUUCAAACAGUAAAGAGGAUAUUCAGUCUGUAAAUAAUUGGCAGUUUGUGUACAGUCUCUAUUUAUGGUCUGAUUUCACAUCGAGAUAUGCAGGUAGUCAUACUUUGGUACAAUCGCUUAUUCAUCCUUUAACUCAGUUAAUAUAUGGAACAAUCAAGCUGAAUAAAGGUCAGCGUUGGAUACCACUUCGUUUUCAUUGUAUUUCUAUGCUGCACAACUUAGCUGGUGUACCGAUUCCAUGCGAACCAAAAGCUUCAGAAGACAAACAACAAUCAUCGACUGAUGAUACCGCCCUGAAAUUACCUUUAGUUGGCAGAGCUUUAUCUUCAGAGACUCGUCUGUUAAUACCUACCCUAUCUUUAUUGUUAGAUGUAUUCCAACUGGUUAACUUUAAUCAAAGAGCUGGACGAGUUUCAAAUGCUCCAUUAGAUUUACGCUUAUUACUGCAUUUCUCACCUAGUCAAAAACAUGAAACUGCAUCAAAUGACGCUAUAAUAAGUUGGCUAUUUGAUUUGCUGGCCGAAUGUAUGGCUUUGCAUGCAAAUUCAGUUGCUUUCCCAGAAUAUUCACUGCCGUUCAUUACUGAGGUAAAACAAUUUUUACGCGUAUGUCGUGUAGCCUCUUUCUGUAGACAAAUGAAAGCGCUAAUGUUAAAAGUACGUGAACAUUCUGAAUGGAUUGUUAAAUGCCGUAGACGUGUUCGAAAUUUGACCAGUAAAAAUGAAGUGUUAAAUGUAGAGUCGACUUGUACUCUUUUCGAUAAUACAAACAAACUGUUACCAUUUUGGCAGUUCUACUUACAGCAUAAACAAAUUCGAUCUACAGAAUUGAAUCGACUAACUGAAAGCAAUAAAAAGGAGCCCAUACCAACUGACACAACAACUACAGAGUAUGAUUCAAUGAAAACCAAAUCUGAAUCUGAAGAUUCAGAUUCAGACCAUAGUGAUUCCUCUUAUGAUAUUGAUGAUGGACGAACAGUUACACAUGUGUCGAAAUCAAAGGGUAAAAAGAAAGCAGCUAAAAAGGAUGGUCAAGUUGGUGGUGGUAUAAGUGGUGAUGACAAAGCUGGACAAGAUGAAAGUGAAGAGAGUGAUUUCGAUCUAGAAGCUGCUUUAAUGGAUGAAGAUGAUAAUGAUAAUAAAAGUGAGAUUACAGGAGCUCCAGAUGAACUAUCAGAAUUCGAGUUAGAAGGUGAUUCCAGUGAUGAUGAGAAGGACUCAUUUACUACAGAUUUUGAUGAUGAUGAUGAUGUUAAUGAAGAUUCUGAUGUUGAAAUGACUGAUCUAACUAAAUCUUCUAAGCCGUCUGUUAAUCGAAAAAAGAAAACGUCAGGAAUGGUUAAGAAGAAUAAGAAAAAAGUGAAAACAAACAAGCAUGUUGUACCUAAGAAACCGAUUCCUAAAGGGAAACACGUGAGCGCUACAUCGAAAUCCCAACAGCCUGUGAUUAAACAUUCAGAUUCAACGAAAACACAAAGCCUAGUCAAGGAUAAAAAGAAGAAAGCUAAGAAAAGGCCUAUUGUUGACAAAUAA